AUGGAUCAGAACACGAACCAACACGACGACGCGUGGCUUACACGCGCGAAGAACAACUGCGAGUGGGCGUGCGUGAGAGAUACUUGCAAAGCUGUUUCAGGAAUGUGGAAGCGCGUGGGUGGUCAGACUCCAGUUGGCCUUCUUGAAACUUAUAGAUCGGCUCGUUCUAAUUCCGAUGGAAUGCACAGUGAUCAAGAUGUUCCUGAUUCAGACCAGUCACUAAGGAUUCUCUCAAACCUAGUUGCGGCAGGUGCUUUUAGUUCUAUUGGGCGAACGGAUGAACUAUUAAGUGAACUCCUUAUGUUUACCAAAUCUGUUAUAGCCAUUAAAUCCUCUGAAGCUAUUGACUUGAUAGCAAAGGUAGUAACUUCGAUUAGUGAUGCAUCUGGGAGAGUUCUGUAUGAGUCUACUGCCUGCAUUACAGUCAUGCUGUCUAGAGUUGCUCAGGUGUUGAGAUCAUCUCCUCGAAUUUCAGGCCCAGAGACACUGAAAGAAACAGCUAACAGAAUUUUAGACCAUGCUAAAACAUCUGGUUUAGUGGACCAUUUGUGUCUGUGCUUAGCCACUUCAGGCUCGAGCCUUAUUUCAGGUUCUUCGACUAUGCUACGGGCAGCUUCUGAAGCAUGCAGAGCUGUCUGGUCUUUGAUUAAUGCACUGGAUGUCCUUUUUGUGAAUAAAAGUGCCAUUUUGUUUCCCAUAAAUGCUCUGUGGAGUCCUUCUUUGCAUAGGAUGGAAAUUGUGGAUCAUGAGCAAGAUCCCUUUGUUGAAGCACAAUCAACAAAAGUUGUUGAUGCUAUGACGAGGGCAUUCCUGAAAUCCAAACCUGUUCAGGUUGCUGUUUACUAUUGUUUUCAUCAACGUCUUGAGUCUGCAAUGAGUUGUUGUCUACAGCUUUUGUCAAGGUGCUGCCUACAUAAUGGAAUUAUUCCAGCUCUCCUUUGUGGUCUGCCCAGUUCCCUUCCUGUGACUACUGUUGUUAGUGGCGCAGGUGAUGGAACUAUUGUUUCUGAGGUUUUCUCUGUUUUGUCAAUAUGUAGUUCCUCUAUUAACAAAGCUGCACAGAGUGGAGAACCCAGUAACAUUAAGUGCAAAUUAACCAAUCCUUCUGCUCUGGUUCGCCAUUCAUGUCUCAUUCUUGCAAUAAUUGCACAAUGUUUAAAGUCAAGUGGAAGGAAUUCGGCAAUUUUUAUGCUUACUACCUCACCAAAGAAACAGCUUGCUCGACUUUCAGUGAUUGCUCAUUAUAUUUCUGACGAUAAAACAAAAGUCUCUUUCCAAACUCAAAGUGCAUCAGCCAUGUUGGCUUUGGCAUCCAUUCUAUCCCUUGAAUCUGGGGCUUUGGUUGAGUCUCCAAUAUCUGAAAUUGCUAUGCCUUUAAUUCCUCGAACUUCUGCACUAAGUGACCAUCUUAAAUUUUCAUUUCGCAAUGAAAAUGAAUUGGACCCUGGCAACUUUAGUGGGAAGCUCUCGUAUUGGCAAGGGGUAAGAGAUGGGUGUGUUGGUCUUUUAGAUUCCAGACUCAAGUGGGGAGGACCAUUAGCUGUUCAGCAGUUGUGCGCAACUGGUAUUCCUUUUCUUCUUAUUGGCUUAUUAGGCAAUGAUGUUUUAAAUGAUUCUCAUGGAAAUGAGCGCGUAUAUGAUAGAGUUGGAUUAUCUCCUAUUGGUGUUGUAUGGACAGUAACAUCGAUAUGUCACUGUCUUUCUGGUGGUGCUUUGACUUUUCGUCAGAUUUUGAUUAGGAACGAACAUAUAAAGCUCAUCACCAACUUGAUAUGUGAUGUUCAUCUGAAGUUGGUAAAAUGCUGGAUUGGACCUGGUGGAGGAGGAGCAGGAGUCAGAGAUAUAAUAAAUGCAGUAGUAGAUCUCUUAGCAUUCCCUUUUGUUGCUCUGCAAAAUGCACCUGGCUUGCCAUCAGCCACUGCUUCUGUCAGUAGUGGGUUUCUUCUUAAUGUUGGUUCCCCUGGUCAAAGAGUAUGCAUGGACGACAAGGAUAUAGUUAAGGCAAUAGAAGAAGACAUGGGAAAAUACAUCAAGAUCCUUGUGGAGGUGGGUGUGCCUGGCAUUGUCCUUCGUUGCCUAGAUCAUAUGGAGUUGAAUGAUUUGGGAAGGCCCGUUGCCUUUCUUGCUAAAAUGGUAUGCCACCGACCUUUAGCAUUGCAACUAGUAAGUAAAGGUCUUCUGGAUCCAAAUAGGAUGAGAAGGUUGUUUGACUGUUUGAGUCCAAAAGAGGUCACACUGGAUGCUCUUAUGAUAAUUUCUGAUCUUGCUCGUAUGGACAAGGGAUUCUAUGAGCCGAUUAAAGGUGCUUCUCUUUUGGAGUUCUUAAAAUGUUUUCUUUCACACGAGGACCCCAAUAUGCGUGCCAAAGCUUGCAGUGCUCUUGGAAACAUGUGUCGUCAUAGCGCCUAUUUUUAUAGUUCACUGGCAAGAUAUCAAAUCGUUAGCAUCCUUAUUGAUCGGUGUUCUGAUCCAGACAAACGAACGCGGAAAUUUGCUUGUUUUGCUAUUGGAAAUGCAGCGUACCACAAUGACGUGUUGUAUGAAGAGCUGAGGAGAUCGAUUCCUCAAUUGGCAAAUUUGUUGCAAAUGACAGAGGAGGACAAGACUAAGGCAAAUGCAGCAGGUGCACUUAGCAAUCUGGUUCGCAACUCUGACAAGCUUUGCCAAGACAUUGUGUCCAAAGGAGCGAUUCAGUCUCUGCUGAAGUUAAUUUCUGACUGUGCGGUGUUUGCUCGAAAUCCAAGCAAAAAUGAUUCAGUAAGUGAAUCUCCUUUAAAGAUAGCUCUCUUUUCCCUUGCAAAGAUGUGUGCACAUCCACUCUGCAGACAGUUCAUCCGUUCAUCACCUUUGUUCUCUGUGAUUGGAAGGCUUCAGCAUUCUCCAGAAUCAUCCAUUGCGAAAUAUGCUUCCGUGAUCAUUAGCAAAGUUGCUGAACCUUGAUAUUCGA